AAGCAUUAAGAUGGGCCAGACUAGACAUUUUAUGCUAGCCCAGCCCAUAACGGCCCAAGUCUCAUUAUGACCAGCUUAUUCUCGAAGACGAACUGCAAUUGCGAAAGGGAACAGAAGGGCAAGAUCUGAUGGGUCCCACUUAUUCGAGGCAGCCGGGCAUUUCUAUUCUUCUGUCUUCUGCACUCGCUUCCACUGCCUAUCAGUAUCAGUAUAUAAUCAGAAGCGAACGAGAACUACGCACUUUCUCCGCUGAUUGGGUUUCGUUCGUGCGACUCCGCAAGUUAAAACUCUCCCAAGCCGCGGUGACUUCUCGGAGAAGAUUCAGAGAAAGAAAGAAGUCAAAUUCCUGCCAAAACGGAGCUUCUCCAAUCUUGGCCUUCGAUUCAUGGAUUCCCUCUACAACUCCAAAUUACAGAAACUGCAAUCUCUAAGCGGCACCGUUUCGCCGAUCAACACUCACUUUUACAAGGACUCGGCGCUCCUCAGGUACCUGCGCACAGGAUCUCCCGUCGCUACUAGCACCGACGCUUUCUCUUCUCCUGCAAUAGCACGGAAACGCCAGUACAGCAGCAGCAGCUCCUCCGGAAACAGCGGCAGUGCUAACAGGACGCCUUCUCCUUUGUCUGCCAUUGAGAAUCUUGAAAGGACGACAAGGACAGGGUCCCCGACGGCUGUGGAGGAUGAUGUGUUGGUUAUGGAUGGGAUAUUGGUCGGGUCGGUUCCUGCAGGGAGGGCUUCGAGGUCUGCAUCGUCGUUAUCAUUGGAUUCUGGUGGUGGAUUGUCCUCAAAUACUUCUCCAGGGAAAAUUUGCAGAUUUUGGAUGGAGUUUGGAUACUGUCGCUAUGGGUAUAACUGCCAAUUUGCACAUGGGAAAGAGGAGCUGCGCCCAGGUCGUUUUCCCAAUAAGAGCAAACCUGAGGUACAGAAUCUACCGAUGCGCCAGUCAUUUCCUGGUACUGGAUCAUCACCAUAUGGCACUGGAUUACCACCCUAUAGCCCAAAGAGCCGCUUUGGUCAUCCAAUCACGGUGCAACCAGCAUUUGCGAUAGACCAACCUGAAUACCCCUUCCGCAGCCCCUCGCUCACCACCAAAACUGAGCACUUCAGCAAGAUCCCUGGCAGCCCCUCUGUCAACUUCAGGCCUGAAGAAUCCAAUAUCCUUUCCACCACUAUAACCAGCAGGGUCAAGUACUGGUCACCCCAAGACGACGGCAUUGAGGUUUUCUUGCCUUGUCAUUCAGACAAACCCCCGUCAAGGGAAGAUGUUGAUGCCUAUAUUGAUCAUUUUCUUAACGGUCCUACUUCAGGGAGCAGGUUGCCAGUAUUCACUAAACUUUGGCUAGAAUAAUGGUCUCGUGAAGGGCCUCCCGUCUUUGCUGAAAACUACUCGGACUUCAGUUCAUUUUCCACUGUCUGAGUCCAUUCGACACACCAACUGCAUAUUUUUUGGGGUAAGAUUGAUAAUCAGUUUGAAUGAGCAAUCUGCUAACUGUAAAUGGUACAUGGUUAGCAUAAGUCAUACAAACAGAUAUCAUACCUAAGGAUUUUGAAAGUAGAAUAAGAAUUGGCAGCUGACCAUAGAGCCACUCACUGGAGUUCCUGUCACCCAAUUUUGUAGAGAGAACUUUUUUUUUUACAGGACUUCAAUCCCCCUCCUUUCAUUCUCUCUAUUUCUGCUCAUGUUAAACAAUUCCAGCUUGUGAAACAUCUGUGUUCCUGCAAAAGCACUUUGUAGUUUGCUUGUACUGAUUUUGCCCCAAACCAGGUCUGUUUUCCGGGUAUGUUUAUUAGCAUGGACAGGUUGAUACAAAGAAC